GCAAAGAGGAAGACGAAGGGAGGCCACACCGGGGCCUCAGGGACCAAGUGUGCCCAGGAUGACCUGAUCUCCGGGAACCAUGAGCGCGGCCGAGCUCCCGCCAAGCGCGGCCGACGCGACGGCAGGUGCGCUCGUAGCGUCACCACCGCCGCCCCCGUCGCCGCCGCCGCUCCUGCUGCGGGCUCUACCGCUGUGCACCGUGGGAAGCGACACGAAGGCCGGCCCCAGCACGGGUUUUCCGCACCGGAUGAUCGGCGGGGGCCCGAGCAGAGCGUUGGCUGCUUAUCAGGAGCACGCGGCUGUGCUGAGGGACCACCUAGUCGCCAUCGAGGACUCCCUGGACACCGUGCCGCCCGAAGAUUACCCGCAGCUCAAGAAGGCGCUGCUGGAGGUGAGCAAGAUGAUCUCCCAGAUGGAGUCGCUGGCCGACGCACUUGCGGAAAGGCGGCUCAACCUCAAGAACGAGCUUCGCACGCUGCAGGACGAGAACGUCCACCUGCACGGCGCACUGGUCCGCGAAAGACGCAAGGCGCACGGCCGGGACCGCAGGGGCUCCGUCACCAACCGAGGAGGACGCAAGAUACCGCCGCCGAUCCUGCCAAGACGCGACAGUAGCUUCAUAUUCAACUCGAUGCGCCCGUUCAUGUUCCCACCGUCACCUCCUAGAUACCAGCCAUUCAGCGACACUGAAUCAUGCGUGAUAGACUUGACUUUUGAGACCACCGGCAGUAGCGCAUCGACGUCAAGGGUCAUUCCCAGCGCCAGUGGCAGUCCUGGACCUUCCGGAACGUCGCGUAGAGGCCGCGGACUUACUAGAGGAGGCCGCAGUGCAAGCCACGUCGCAGGCGCCAAGAGGUCCCCGAGCUCAAAGAGAGGCCGCGGUUCGGCGACGAGGUCAAGACCGAGACCCUCCCUAAGGACGCUGACCGGCAACGACAGCAAUGCCAGUUCGAGCUCUCCCGCGGCGACCUCGCCCGGGUUCGCGCUGCUCGCAGGACCGCCACUGGCGAUGUCGCCGAUAUCGCUCUCGCCGGAAGCGAGGUCUCCUGUGGGCCAGAACGACAUAAACGAUCUGAACAACAGGCUCAAUAACCGGAACAACAAGCUCGCCGGCAAGAAGAUGUUCUCGAUCUUUGACUCGUGCCCGUACCUCAACUGAGGAGAAGUGUGUCGCGGGAAGGGCCACGGUGACCAAUAGCUGGACGUUUUCUGAAACAGCGGGACCCUCUACUGGUGAAGACAAAUUGCUUUUCGAGGACGUGGAAUGCGCGAAGUGUUGAGCUCAGGAGAUUUGAAACAGGACGGUGACGCAAAAAUUGUAUCAUUACGCAAUGGCAAAAGAAAAAUUUUCCGAGCUGUUCCUAACCUUUAGGACCUUGGUGUUAAGGUUACAAUCCGAGAAACCUGCAUACGCGGCCAUACCCUUUUACAAGCAACACUAGUCCGUGUUGACUUGCCUUCGUUAGUCGAGCAACGAAUGAAGAAAAAUUUAUUUUGCGUCUUUCAGCUGUUGGAUCGCAAGUUGGGAUGCCGAUUGGUGGACUGUUAGUAUGCCUGCGUAUCACUGUGCGGUCAGGUGGACCUUUUCUGAAAAAGCCAGACCCUCUCCGGUUGAAGGCACGUUCACUUCCUGAAGACAUGGACGCGUAAAUCAUGGAGAAAAUUUGUGCAGAAUGACGACAAGAUAAAAUUUUAUUAUUA